GCGUUGACGUUCUCGUGUCAAUCACAUACCACUACGUCCGAUAAUGAACGUAUCCCUCUAGGUACAACUACUACUACUACUACUUGUGCCGAGUUUGAGAGAGGGAAUGUCAACCGAGGAACCACUGGUCAGUGAGGCAGACGGGAACGGCGGCAUAAUGGCUCAACCAAAGAACCUGGAGGGCUAUGUGGGCUUUGCAAAUCUCCCCAACCAAGUUUACAGAAAAUCUGUGAAGCGAGGUUUCGAGUUCACACUUAUGGUAGUGGGGGAAUCUGGGCUGGGCAAGUCGACGCUGAUCAACUCUCUCUUUCUGACAGACUUAUACUCCACUGAAUACCCGGGUCCUUCCCUUAGAAUCAAAAAAACUGUUCAGGUGGAGCAGUCGAGGGUUCUGAUAAAGGAAGGAGGAGUGCAGCUUCUGCUCACCAUCGUCGACACCCCGGGCUUUGGUGAUGCCGUCGACAACAGUAACUGCUGGCAGCCGGUCAUCGACUACAUCGACAGUAAGUUUGAGGACUACCUCAACGCUGAGUCGCGCGUCAACAGGCGUCAGAUGCCGGACAACAGGGUGCACUGCUGCCUGUAUUUCAUCGCCCCGUCAGGGCACGGACUGAAGCCCCUCGAUAUUGAAUUCAUGAAACGGUUACAUGAAAAAGUCAAUAUCAUCCCUCUCAUCGCCAAAGCUGACACAAUGACUCCUGAGGAGUGCCAACAGUUCAAGAAACAGAUUAUGAAAGAAAUCCAGGAGCACAAAAUCAAAAUCUACGAGUUCCCAGAGACGGACGACGAGGAGGAAAUGAAGAUGGUCAGGAAAAUCAAGGAUCGUUUACCCUUGGCUGUGGUCGGUAGUAACACCCUCAUCGAGGUCAAUGGAAAGCGAGUUCGUGGGAGGCAGUACCCCUGGGGCGUGGCUGAAGUGGAAAACGGGGAGCACUGUGACUUUACAAUCCUCCGAAACAUGCUCAUCAGGACUCACAUGCAGGACUUGAAGGAUGUGACAAACAAUGUUCACUAUGAAAACUACCGCAGCAGGAAACUGGCUGCCGUCACCUACAACGGCGUGGACAACAAUAAGACCAAGGGACAGCUAACCAAACCUGACACGGCUGAAGGCAUGAGUCCUCUCGCUCAGAUGGAGGAGGAGCGGCGGGAGCACGUGGCCAAGAUGAAGAAGAUGGAGCAGGAAAUGGAGCAAGUGUUUGAAAUGAAGGUCAAAGAGAAGCUCCAGAAGCUUAGGGACUCUGAGGCCGAGCUCCAGAGACGUCACGAGCAGAUGAAAAAGAACUUGGAUGCCCAGCACAGAGAACUGGAGGAGAAGCGCCGUCAGUACGAGGACGAGAAGGCCGGCUGGGAGGCUGAGCAGAGGAUUCUGGAGCAGCAGAAACUAGACGCCUCCAAGACCUUGGAAAAGAUCAAAAAGAAGAAGAUAUUUUAAUAACUCUGGAGGACCUUCCCAAUGUUACAGCGUAUUAUUCUCUGCCAACCUGCCAGCUUCGAUUGUCAGAACAUCCGUCAAUGAACUACAUCCAUCACCUGACAAUAUUACUGAGUAAUAACCAAAUCAAAGACAGGGGGCAGCGCUGCCUGGACUCUGAAUUUCCCCUCCUUAAAGUACUGUUCUGAUCUUUGCAUCGGUAUACUAUUUUUGGGUCACCGCUCACUAAAAGUAUGUUCACACGGAAAGCACAACUGGUACUCAACCUUCUUUUGAUUAAAGGUCGGGGGAAGUUCAGGGUCCAGUCAUUUUUCCCCCCUUUUCUUGAUGUACUUUGGGAAUGUUUGAUGCUGCACUGUUCUGUCAUGCAUCCUUUUAAUCCAAAAAAAAAAAAAAAAAAAAUACAAACAAACCAAGAGGCCAGCCUUUCACUUCCUGCACAUUUGGUAGAUGGCGUCAGGCUGACGCUCACCUCAGGCACUGUUUUUCUUUUUUUUUCUUUUUUUUAUAUAUAUACGAAUAUCUCUCGGUUCACUUAUUUUGGUAUCACAUUUAAUUUCCUCACAAGACAUUAGGCACCUCCUACUCCUCUAGUGUAAAUUGUCUAACCUCGAGCUGCAGUGUUUAACUUCAACUUCGCGUGAUAUUUUUCUUACUUGUUGUUCAUUUCUUUUCUUCUUUUGUAUUGGCCCUGGUAUAGAAACUGUGUCAUUUUUGUUUUCGAGUAUUAUAGCUGCUGUCUUCCAGCCUUGCUCUUGAACCAAACAUGUAUUCCUGACUUCACUCAAGUGUAAGAGUGUAACAAAUGAAAGGAACUGCUCACGAGGUGCUUCUACGUGCAACGAGUUGAGCUUCCUGUGCAGAUUUCGGUGUCAAAAUGUUCUCCAACGGAGUAGAAUCUUUCGAGGAGCAGGAUGCGGAGAGGCCUGUGUUAGAUGUCGGUGGACGGGAAAGCUGGAGCUGAGACGCUCCAGUCAGACGACAGGAAACUGGAUCGCCCUCCCAGGCUGGCUUUCUUUACGUCACGUUUAACACUGGUUGUGCUGCAGCUCUGUUUUGCGAUGUCUUGUUUUUAUUGUACAAAGUCACAUAAUAAAAUUGUGAUGGUAAAUUGGC